AUGUCUCUCCUUACUGCUCUGGUGCUAUCGUCCCUCGUUUCUGGAACUUUGGGAAGUACCUGCAAAUACAUUCAAGCUCAAGAUGGUGAUGGGUGCUGGAGCCUGGCCCAGCGUUGCGGUGUCACGCAAGAUGUUCUCAAGGCAGACAAUACCGGCGAUGGCUUUACAUACACCUCUGGGGAUGACUUCUGCAACCACAUUCAGAAGGGUGCCUAUGUUUGUUGUUCUGAGGGAUCCCCACCAGACUUUUCUCCCAAGAAGAACCCUGAUGGAUCUUGUCAUGUCUACACUGUCCAAGAGAACGACGACUGCCCCGAUAUUGAAGAUGCCAAUCAGAUGAAGAGAGGCACGAUCGAAACUUACAACAAUCAGACGUGGGGAUGGGCAGGAUGUUCUCUCAUGCAGAAGGGGGCAUAUAUCUGCUUGAGUGAUGGGACUCCUCCCUUCCCAGCGUCCACGGAUGAUGCGAUUUGCGGUCCCCAGGUCAAAGGUACUGUAGCGCCUGAGGGCAUGCCGUACACCAACUGGACCAACUUGAAUCCUUGCCCUCUCAACGCCUGCUGUGACAAGUGGGGCCAAUGUGGUAUUACUGUUGAGUUCUGUGAACAGGUUGAUUCCUCGACAGGAGCACCUGGAACCUCCCGGAAUGGAACCAACGGAUGCAUCUCGAACUGUGGUACGCAGAUCGAGAAUAAUAAAGAAGGCCCUGACAAGCCUCUACGUGUUGCAUAUUAUGAGAACUUCGGACAGGAUCGUCCAUGCUUGAAGAUGGACGUUUCAGAGCUUGAGCACCUCGACUACUACUCGCAUGUUCACUGGGCAUUCGCAAAUAUCACCGAGUCUUGGGAAGUGGACAUCGCGGGUUACAAAGACCAAUUUGAGUCUUUCAAGAAGAUCAGCUCUGUCAAACGCAUUGUCAGUUUUGGUGGCUGGGGCUUUUCUACCACUGCAUACACGUACCAAAUUCUUCGCAACGGUGUCAAAGAUGGCAAUCGUCAGUCGCUGGCGACAAAUAUCGUCAAGUUCAUUACUGAUAACGACCUUGAUGGUGUCGACUUUGAUUGGGAAUACCCCGGUGCUCAAGAUAUCCCUGGCAUUCCGCCUGACAGUAAAGACUCAGGAGCGAAUUAUCUUGAGUUUCUGAAACUAGUCAGGGCCCAGCUGCCGUCUAGCAAGAGUCUCUCAGUAGCCGCGCCUGCCUCGUACUGGUACUUGAGAAACCUUCCCAUCAAGGAGAUCUCCGAACUUGUGGAUUACAUCAUCUACAUGACGUACGACCUUCACGGUCAAUGGGAUUACGGCCGCAAGAAUGCCGAGUAA